GCUACAGCACCUAUGCAAUGCGACGGCAGCUUAUGGGACGACAUACGCAACAACGAGCGCGACGUCAAGACCAAGAAAGCCCCGCAGUGGAUUCAGGAUUCCAUAGCUUACCAGCAGGACCCGAACAUGACCGACGUGUUGGGCCAGCUCUAUGGCAGGUGGGCGCAUGCGGCCGAAAGAAUGCUAGCUACCAUCACAGAAGCUCCGAUGCGGCCACGGGCGCGGGGAGGGCAGCCCACUCAGUACGUUGAGGUACCGUACACGCGCUACGUCAAAGGCAACAAGGAUGGCGAUACCAAAGCAGAUCAACG